AUGAUUCCAGUGCUAUUGAAUGCUCUCGAACAAUUUGAUACUUAUUCAACCCAACUCUUAGCAUCCAAUCGUUUGACUUCAUCCUUAAUUAUAACUCCCUUAAGUAAAUUCAUAACUCAAUUCUUAAUUAUAUCAUUCAUUGGUCUUAUAAGUUAUGAAACUUUAUAUUGGAGUGGGAUUUAUUUGAAUGUAUGGGAGUAUCAUGCUAAGGAUAUCUUUAAAGAAAUCCCUAUUCAUUGUGCUCAUGUUUAUGUUCGAUUGAAUUUAAUUGAUCAAGCUGAUGAAGAUAAAUUAAAUCAAUAUUAUCAAUUGAAAAGAAAAUAUCAUAUUUUAAAACUAUUAGAUUUAAAUCAUUGGAAUAACUUAAAUCAAACAAGUCAAGAAUUAUUUAAAUUAAAUCGAUUCGUAAAGUAUCAUUUUGAAUUUAGUCCUGAAGAUUUCGAAAUGAAUCAAGAUCCCGAAUAUGGUUCAAAUAUUGGUCAUUUAAGACAAAAAGUUUUAAAUUUAUUUAAUGAAUCAGAUAUUUAUAAUGCCUAUAAACCAAAAGAUCAAAAAUUAAUCAAUACAAAUCAUUUCCAUUUGAUCAGGAUUUACAAUAUUUAA